GGUGUCCGCCGGGCCGGUUCCUGCCUCCCGGGAAACGCCGUGUUCCGCGAGAAGCCACCAGGCCCGACAGCCGGGGGGCUGCGGAGCGCUUUCCUUGGCCGAGCGAGGCGCCUCCGGCUGAGCCGGCCGGGCGGGCUCCGGCGCGGCCUCCGAGGAUGGCGGAGGAGCCGGGCACUAGCGAGGUGCGGCGGCAGCACCGCUUCGACCAGGGCAGCCUGGAGCGCUACCUGAGCAGCCGCUUGCCCGGCUUCCCUCGGCAGCCCGCGGGCACGCUGGCUGUCAGGCAGUACAGCUCAGGCCAGUCAAACCCAACCUUUUACCUUCAGAAGGGUGGGCAGGCCUUUGUGCUCAGGAAGAAGCCCCAUGGUCCCCUUUUACCUGGAGCACACAAGGUCGAUAGAGAGUAUCGUGUGCAGAAAGCCUUAUUUUCAGUUGGGUUUCCAGUGCCUGAGCCCCUUUUGUAUUGCAGUGACGUUUCUAUCAUUGGAACAGAGUUUUAUGUAAUGCAACAUGUGCAGGGUCGCAUUUUCCGAGACAUCUCCCUGCCUGAGGUGGGCCCAGCAGAGCGUUCUGCUCUGUAUCUUGCAAUGAUAGAAACUCUGGCCCUGUUGCACUCCUUUGAUUUGCAGUCAUUGGGUCUCCAAGGAUAUGGUAGAGGACCAGGGUACUGCAAAAGACAGGUAUCAACUUGGAAAAAACAGUAUGAUGCAGCUGCUCAUACAGAUAUUCCUGCCAUGAACAAGCUGGCUGAGUGGUUAGCAAACAACUUGCCACCUGAUGAUAAUGAAGAAACCCUGAUUCAUGGGGACUUCAGAAUAGAUAACAUCAUCUUUCACCCAACAGAGGCUCGUGUUUUGGCAGUGCUGGACUGGGAACUUUCAACUACUGGUCAUCCUUUAGCAGAUUUAGCAUAUGCUACUCAAUUCUACUUUUGGCCUACAUCUAUUAAGGCCUUGGGUCAAGGCUCUGUCUUGGGUUUCAAAGACACCAUAGAAACUCCUUCCUUUGAAGAACUGGUUUCCAUUUACUGCCGCUGCCGACGUAUUUCCACUACUUUACCCAACUUGAACUUUUUUCUUGCUUUGUCCUAUUUUAAAAUGGCAGGGAUAGCCCAGGGUGUAUAUGCCAGGUAUCUUAUUGGAAAUGCUUCUGCAGAGAACAGUCAUGAAUUUGCUAAGCUUGUGGAGCCUUUGGCAGAAAGAGGAUUAGAACUCUCAAAAAGGUCAUCCUUCAGCAGCACACAGCACAGCAUUUCUGGAGAGCUCUUCCAUCAGAGUAGGAAAGGCCAAGAAAUUUUGCUGAAAGUUAAGCAGUUCAUGAAGCAGCACAUUUAUCCAGCUGAGAAGGAAAUAAUAAAAUAUUAUAUGGAACAAAGAAAUGCUGAGGACAAAUGGAAGAAACCACCACUGCUGGAGAGACUGAAGGAAUUGGCCAAAGCAGAAGGUCUGUGGAACCUUUUCCUCCCAGCUGUCAGUGGUCUCAGCCAGCUCGACUAUGCCCUAAUAGCUGAGGAGACAGGGAGAUGCCUUAUUGCUCCUGAGGUUUUCAACUGUCAUGCACCAGACACUGGAAACAUGGAGGUCCUCCACAUGUAUGGCACUGAAGAGCAAAAGAAAGAGUGGCUGGAGCCUCUCCUGGAAGGGAAGAUUAGUUCUUGCUUCUGCAUGACAGAACCUGAUGUGGCUUCAAGUGACGCGACCAAUAUGCAAUGCACCAUUGAGCGAGAUGGGAACAGCUAUGUGAUCAAUGGCAAGAAGUGGUGGAGCAGUGGUGCUGGGAACCCAAAUUGCAAAGUUGCAAUUGUAAUGGGCAAAACCAAAAAUUCAUCAGCAUCCAGGUACAAGCAGCACAGUAUGAUUAUUGUUCCCAUGGACACCCCAGGGCUGAAGCUGAUAAGACCUCUUUCAGUGUUUGGCUACAUGGAUGAGAUCCAUGGAGGACAUUUUGAGAUACACUUCAAUGACGUGCGAGUACCUGUCUCCAAUAUAAUCCUGGGAGAGGGCAGGAUGCCUGUCCUCCCACCACACAUCAGAAGGUUGUAAUAGCAGUACCAUUUUCACACUGCAAUUAUAAAUUAGAACUAAACAAAGAAUGGCAGCCACACAUGGGUUGUUGCUUGACUUCUGCUGGCAGUAACCAUUUAAGAUUAAUGGCUGAUGCUCAGUUUAAACAGCCACAUGGGUAAGACUGCUACUCACUCAAGAUACAUUAGUUGCAAUGAAUAAGAAAAAGCUUUUGCAGAACUUUUACUUGUCUAAAUUAUAGGACUUCUAAUAAAGAACAUAUUAACUUUUAGCUAACAUUAUCAGGUACAUCAAUGGAAACUUGAAUAUCUGGAAUGCCUCUAUUUCAAGUGUUCAUUCACUUCCAUUCCAAGAAAGUACUAGAUGGAUUUCAGAUGCAUAAGCCGUUGUGAUACAAUGAGGCACUAACUUAAGCCCUGAAUUUCAACCCAGGAAGUGUCUAGAAUCAGUUAGCAAGAUCACCCUGCAACAAUCAUGAGCAACCCUUGAGAAGUAUGGGCUUGGCCCAUACAUUAUGUGGUAUGGAAACUUAAAGCCAAAGCAAGAACAAGGGCUGACAUCACUAGUCUGCCCUGGGACACUACUGCUUCCUAAACGCAAUUCUAUUCCAUCUGGAAAAACAUCCCAGGAAAUAUGGCCUUUCCUCCUUGAGAUACCCUCUAACAUGCAGGAGAAGUCUGGUGGCUCUGAGGAAUGUGGCUGAGCUACAUACAACAUUUACAGCCAAAUCUUGACUGCAGUAUGAAGACAUGCAAGGCACUAUCUAAUGUCCCAACUCACAUGCUUUCCAAACCCCCAGUGUAAGAUAAAGCAAGUUGCUAUAUUAAACCACUCACAAUUAAGCAGGUGCUCUGUUCCUCACCUUCCAACUUCCCCCUCCCCACUCCCCACUUUGAGAAGCUAAUACAACAAACUUCUCUCGGUAAGCAAUUGCACUUCCAAAAUAGACAAUACAUAUUUUGCAUGCUAUCCCAGCUAACGCUGAUAAAAUCUCACCUCUAUUAUUGCCUUCAUCACCAAACCUGCUCCUUUCACAAUUGCCAUGGAAGGGUGCUAGAACAGAA